GUCACUUGGUUUUAUUAAUGGCGCCGGUCAUGUGCAGUUUUCAUUGCGGUUUCUUUUACAAAAUGAGCGUUCCCUCUCUUUGGUUUCUUUUUAGAGUUAUUCAAAGUUAUUAGUGUUGCAGGAGGGCUCUUUGCUGUAAAAUAAAAUAAGUCAUUUUGCACUGCUUCGCACGAAUUUACAAUUAGCGAUAACUAUUUUGACUAAAGGCGAUGAUACUAAGAUUGAUAUUGUCGACUUGUUCAUCGCGAGAACGUGUUUUGGUCAGAUUAUGUAGCACGGCGCUUCCAAUGCGAGAUAUCAAACCUAAAUCUCGGCAUUCACGACCAUCAUAUUUCGUAGACUGGAAACGAGUCAAAGUCAUCGGUGGACCAGGUGGCGAUGGUUGCAUCUCAUUUAUGAGGCUCUUUUGUAACCCAAAUGCUGGCCCUGAUGGAGGAGAUGGUGGAAAUGGGGGUCAUGUUAUCUUCGAAGCAACCAGUAAUGUCAAGUCCCUGGAGCAUGUACGCACAACAAUAUUUGGCAAUGCUGGCCUGCGAGGAUUUGGCAAAGACAUGCAUGGACGAUCUGGGGAGCACACCAUUAUUCCUGUACCAUUAGGCACUGUGGUGUGCAAUGAGGAAGAGAGCCCUUUAGCUGACCUGAACACAGAAGGAAGCCGGUAUCUAGCAGCCCGUGGUGGUGCAGGUGGCAGAGGAAACCACCAUUUUUUGACAAAUGCAAAUCGUCACCCACGCGUCUGUCAGCUAGGUGCCCAGGGAGAGGCCAUUAUCUACCAUCUUGAAAUAAAGGCCAUGGCUCAGGCCGGUCUGGUCGGCUUUCCCAAUGUCGGUAAAUCUACUUUGCUGCGCGCCAUCUCAAGAGCACGGCCUAAAGUCGCCGCCUACCCUUUUACAACGCUGAGGCCACAUGUAGGUGUUGUGACCUACGACGAUUACCUCCAGUUGGCUGUUGCUGAUCUUCCAGGCCUGGUGGAAGGGGCCCACAAAAAUAGAGGCCUGGGCCAUGCUUUCUUACGGCAUGCAGAGCGAUGUGGCUGCCUUCUUUUUGUCAUAGACCUGCAGUGCCCUGACCCAGCAAGUCAGUACAGUGUGCUGCUCUCUGAGCUAGAACUCUACCGUCAGGGGUUUACUGAUGGCGCCCAUGCUGUGAUCGCCAACAAGAUUGACCUGCCUGGUGCACUUGACCACCUAGAAAUCCUGCGAGAAGAAAUUGGUGGCCGUUAUCCCCUGUUUCCAGUGUCUGCAAAAUAUGGCACGAACCUUUUAGAUGUUUUGAAGUAUAUCAGAUGUGCGUACGAUGCUUCCACGCACCAAAAGUCUUGAGAAUUUGUAUAUUAUAGGGAUAAACUAUCUUUAUAUAAUAUCGUAUUGAUGUUAUUUCCACUGUGUCAUUUUGCAACACUUGUUGUAUCAAGUGAACUGUGGGCACAUUGAAUUUAACUUCAAUUUUACAACUUUUAAACGCUUUCUCAAAUAGCUGAACUGUGUGCUAUAUACCUGUGUCUAUAAACCUAUAUACCUGUGUCUGUAUACCUCCAUAAAGCUGACUCCUGACCUUCA